UAUGUUACCUCCCUUAGGUGUCAAGCGUCUAGGAAGAAAAAAACAUUUGUUUACUUUCACUUUGUGUAAUAUUUUUCUGUCAUGUUUUUGUGAUAGAUUAUAUGUUAAUUUAUACGAACGUCAUAUAAGUCAGAUGAGUCAGCUCCUUAAAUGAAACUUUCAAACCAACUGGAAUGACCGAUCUUUUGAGCAAGGGACAUAAAUCAGCUGUUACCGGUAUCAGAGUUUCAAGAGGAAAGAUCUUGUAUAUUGGACCAAACUUCUUCAAUCACAGAACAAUUUGGCAGAAGGUGAACUUGAGAUCAAAAAAGACAGCUGAUACAUUUAAAGCAUACUUGAAAUUUUCCAGGAGACAAAAAAUAGGAAUUUUCCUUGGAAGUCUUGUUGGAAGUUCCUGUUUUGUGACAUAUCAAGUGUGGACAUUAGGUGAUAGGUUGAAAAUAGUUGGCAAUACACAUGAUAUAGAUAGAGACAGGGGGCCAUUGUAUUUUAAAGAGCCGCUGAAACUCACCUAUGAUGAUGUUUUUACAAAAGAUAUCAAGUCCAGGAUAAAUUAUAAAUUUGAAAAAUUCAAAGGUUUGGUCAUACCAUUAGCUCAGUCGAAGACGAGAGAUCCAGCAAUACUAUUAAAGCUAGCCGAGUCCAGGGAUCCUUCGAUACGUCGUAGAGGUCUUCUCGCCUUAACAUCCGAUAAUGACUGGGAAGAUUAUCAAUACAGGAUGGUACAACAGGCAUGUUCUAACCAAACAAUGGUUAGUUUAGCAAGAAUACCUAAAUCUGACUACAGAUUGUUUAGACCAAUGCCAUGGCUUCCUCCACCAAAGGAGACUGUAGAGCGUUCAUUAAGAAAUUUACUGGCAUCUCUUCAGAAGGAUGUUGUUGAUAACGGCAUUAAACAAUAUACCGACAAGAUUCUCUUGGAAGGAAAACCCAAAAAUAUUGUAGAGACUGGACAGUGGAAUUUUGGUGGGACACCACUACAAUUUGUGAAAUUUCUCAGUGAUGAAACAGAUGGUCUGUUUGAAACCUACUGUUUGGAAGCUCUGGCCUAUCACACCUUUGUACCAAACCAGUGUGUAAAAUUGGUAGAACUUGGUGGGUUACAAAUUUUACAGAGAGUUUACUUGACGUUUCAUAAGAAUGUAGCUAUACGGAGAUAUAUAGCUAGGAUUCUGGCUAACAUAUCUCUGAAUGACAACCUUCACAGAUCUGUAACAGAAGGAGGCUGGGUUGCUGUUUUACACAGAUGGUUGGAAAGUUCGGAUACAGCUCUAUUUUUCCUCACAGCCCGAGCUCUAGCUAACCUAGAUAGAGACUGGCAAUCAGAGGAAAAUAUUAAAGCAUUCUAUGAGGAUGGUGUGUACCUGACAUACCCUGUACAUAAAAUACUAGAUAGAAAAAAUAGGGUGAAGGUUGAUAUAGUGUUUGUACAUGGUCUGUUGGGUGGACCAUUUAAAACAUGGAGACAAGAGGAUCGUCGACUUACCGAGAAAGAUUUUGUUGUUACAGAUUCAGUCAGGCAGAAUCAUACAUUCUUCUGGCCGAAGGAUUGGUUAGCUAGAGAUGUACAUAACCUUCGAAUAUUGAAUGUUGGAUAUCAAACAGAAUUGACUACAUGGGAUACCAGACAUCCACUGGAAGCUGAAAAGAGGACAUUAUCUGGUCGAGGGAUGGAACUUCUAGAAAAGCUAGAGAGAGCUGGUGUUGGCAAAAGACCUGUGAUAUGGAUGGGGCAUUCUAUGGGUGGAUUGUUAAUAAAAGAGAUGUUAAAUAUAGCUAGCAUGGAUAAAAGGUUCUCUAAAGUGUUUGACAACACAAUUGGUGUGGUAUUCUAUAGUGUACCACAUAAAGGAUCAGCCCUGGCAAAAAUCAGCACUCUUGCUAAAUACAUGUUGUUUCCUUCUAUAGAAGUUCAAGAAUUAAAUCAAGACAAUGAAAAAUUAAAAGAUCUGCACAAGAGUUUCUUACGUCUAUAUGAACAGUAUAAUAUGCCGGUUCUGAGUUUUGGGGAGACAGAUAAAACCAGUAUUGGAUUAAACAUGAAAGUACACCUUGUACCACCAGAAUAUUCAGGUAGUAUCCAAAUUUUAUAUUUAAUUUCCUCUAAAAGGAAUUCCACUGAGGUCCAAAAACAGAAACUGAAAAUUUUAAUUAUUUACAUAGAUCAGCUAUGGUACUAAAAUAGAAAAAUAGGC